GCUCCGCUACCCCCGGCGAGCCCGAUGUGAGCGCCCCGCGGCGGGGCCAGGCAGCGGGGCCAUGAAGAAGGACGUGAGGAUCCUGCUGGUGGGAGAACCCAGAGUUGGGAAGACAUCGCUAAUUAUGUCUCUUGUCAGUGAAGAAUUUCCAGAAGAGGUUCCACCACGUGCUGAAGAAAUCACCAUUCCAGCUGAUGUCACCCCUGAAAGAGUGCCAACACACAUAGUGGAUUAUUCGGAAGCAGAACAAAAUGAUGAACAACUCUAUCAUGAAAUCUCACAGGCGAACGUGAUUUGUAUAGUAUAUGCUGUUAACAACAAGAAUUCCAUUGAUAAGGUAACAAGUCGAUGGAUUCCUCUCAUCAAUGAAAGGACAGAUAAAGAUAGCAGGCUGCCUCUUAUAUUAGUUGGAAACAAGUCUGAUCUAGUGGAGUACAGCAGUAUGGAAACUAUUCUUCCCAUUAUGAAUCAAUAUACAGAGAUAGAAACAUGUGUAGAGUGUUCAGCUAAAAACUUGAAGAAUAUAUCUGAGCUAUUCUAUUACGCACAGAAAGCUGUUCUGCAUCCUACAGGUCCUCUUUAUUGCCCAGAGGAGAAAGAGAUGAAACCUGCCUGUAUUAAAGCACUCACUCGCAUUUUUAGAAUCUCUGAUCAGGAUAACGACGGUACUCUCAAUGAUGCAGAGCUCAACUUCUUUCAGAGAAUUUGUUUUAAUACACCAUUGGCUCCUCAAGCUUUGGAAGAUGUAAAGAAUGUAGUUAGGAAAAACGUCAGCGAUGGAGUUGCUGAUAAUGGAUUAACCUUAAAAGGUUUUCUUUUUCUACACACACUUUUCAUUCAGCGAGGAAGGCAUGAAACAACAUGGACUGUUCUGCGUCGCUUUGGUUAUGAUGAUGACUUAGAGCUUACCCCAGAGUACUUGUUUCCUCUGCUAAGAAUUCCUCCAGACUGCACGACAGAAUUAAAUCAUCAUGCAUACUUGUUUCUUCAAAGCAUUUUUGAUAAGCAUGAUUUGGACAGAGAUUGUGCUUUGUCUACUGAUGAACUGAAAGAUUUGUUCAAAGUCUUUCCUUAUAUGCCAUGGGGGCCUGAUGUUAACAACACUGUUUGUACAAAUGAAAGGGGAUGGAUUACCUACCAGGGGUUUCUCUCUCAGUGGACACUGACCACGUACUUGGAUGUACAGCGUUGCCUGGAGUACCUGGGCUAUUUAGGCUACUCGAUACUUGCAGAACAAGAAUCUCAAGCAUCAGCAAUUACAGUAACACGAGAUAAAAAGAUAGAUCUCCAGAAAAAACAGACUCAGAGAAAUGUGUUCCGAUGCAAUGUUGUUGGAAUGAAGGGCUGUGGGAAAAGUGGAGUUCUUCAGGCUCUUCUUGGAAGAAAUCUAAUGAGACAGAGGCAAAUACGUGCAGAACACAAAUCUUACUACGCCAUAAACACAGUCUAUGUGUAUGGACAAGAAAAAUACUUGCUGCUACAUGAUGUCAGUGACUCAGAAUUUUUGACUGAUGCUGAGACUGUAUGCGACGUUGUCUGCCUGGUGUAUGAUGUCAGUAACCCUAAGUCCUUUGAGUACUGUGUCAGGAUUUUUAAGCAACACUUCAUGGAUAGCAGAAUACCCUGCUUAGUGGUAGCUGCAAAGUCUGACUUGCAUGAAGUUAGACAAGAAUAUAGUAUUUCUCCUGCUGAAUUCUGCAAAAAACACAAAAUGCCUCCACCUCAAGCCUUUACCUGUAAUACUGUUGAUAUGCCGAGUAAGGAUAUCUUUGUUAAACUGACAACUAUGGCAAUGUAUCCCCAUGCCCGGUUACGCUGUAUGUGCGCCUGCAACAGGUGUACAUUUUGCAUCUGUCAGAACUUCCUCAACUCAGACUUGCUGCAAUCUGUAAAGAACAAACUCUUCACUGCAGUUCUUAACAGUCAGUUUUUAACAGCUGCACGAGAAUCAGAAGUUAGAUGGGUAAAAAUGAUGAAUUCUUUGGGCUUUGACAUUUGCUCUUAUUUGAGAUACUUACUAAUGUUGAGCCACACUGUGAACUGCAAACUGUGCAUGUGUGUAAAAAGGUUAAGACCCCACAUAGAUGAGUUGGGUGCCAUGCUGUUAGCAGACGAGGAGAGCAGUAUUAUGCAUCAGGUGCACGCCGUCAGCUUUGUAGAAGAUUCCAUCUUCAUGGAGUCAUCUCUUGGUCCACGUUUGCUUGAAGACAGGCACGUGACACAAGCGGACCUCAAGAGCUCCACGUUUUGGCUCCGAGCAAGUUUUGGUGCUACUGUCUUUGCAUUUCUGGGUUUCGCUAUGUACAAAGCAUUAAUAAAGCAGCGGUGAUCUGAGAAGAAGCACAUCUGGCCCUACCAAAUGGAAAUAAACUUUUAUGUACAUUCUGAAUGCUUUAAAUUCCGCUAGAAAUAUUUAUAUAUGCAGAGUUACUUUAUUAAUAUUUGUAAUUCAUGCAUAAGAUUAUUUUAAAUUAUAGUUCUAACUGCAGUAUUGCAAAAUGGGGGGGUGGGGGGGAGGGAGGAAUCACUUCUAAGCAGCCAGCUCCAGGGGCUUGACGGGUGAGGCCAAAAGGGAACUUGUUGUAAAUAACCUGUACAUAGGAGAGCAGGACAGCAUUGCUUCCCAAGGAGUUAUUCAGAAUGCUGUUCUGAGGGCUUUCACCACAGUGACAUCCUGCUGUAUAGCUGAACUUCGUUUUCCAUAGAGUAGGUUCAACUCGAGGAUCGUACUUCCUGAAGGAUUGCUUAUUUAUUUCACUUUGAUUUGAAGUGACUGCAUCGUUUUGGACUCCAAACUCAACCAGAAAUUGUGAAAUUUCUUUCUAACAGCCAACCUUCCCCCCUGUAAUGUAUUUCCAGAACGAGCCCUGGCCUUUGGUUUUGUAUGCUGUAUGACCAGCGCCAUGCUUAGCACUCAGUUAUUUCUUUUAAAAGGAAAAACGUAAACUUCAAUGACUGCCAGACCAACUUCACAUGCUGUGUGCAGCUGUUACUCAUUUUCCACUACGCUGUGUUUUAUAUCCCUUAUCAAUCAGGUGAGAACAUUUGUACAUUAUAAAUGUUAAUAACUCGAGAAGUGCUGCUGUUCAGUUUCUCACGGGUGUCAGUUGUACCUGACAACAGCUGUGCAUCAGAUAGAACCGAAAUAGUACACAGUGCCUAUCUGCUGUAGUCUCUUAGUUGCAUGGUUCACAGUGCAUUCUGUACCUGGCUAGAGUUACCUGUAGACACAGCUUUUCUAACAAUCGAGUAAAUAUUAAUUCCGCCCUCGUGACAAACUUAUUUUUCCAUUGCUGGCCUUUUCAACUAUUUCAAUAAAAUAACUGUGUACUGUG